AUGGAGCUGAGAGAAGGGCGAGAAGAGCAAGAAGCCACGCAGGAGCUCUUUUUCCCAGCUCUAGUUGCAUUUGCGGUGGCAUAUGCAUUAAUUCUGGUCCUUAACCAGAAACUCAAAAUGGGCAUCCCUGGGUUGUGGAACGAGCUGCGGCCAUAUGGCCAUCGGACCGACGUCACAGCUGACCUCAGCGAGCGCGUGAAAACCCUCACGGACCUCCAAGGGAAAAUCCUGGCAAUCGAUCUUUCUUUCUGGAUAUGUGAAAACGUGGGCACUUAUAACCACCCAGUUAUGGGGCGGUUAAGCGACGCCGUGGCGAAACCACACCUGCGCAACGUGUUUUAUCGCACCGUUAAGCUGAUUUCCAGGGUGGGCGCCCUGCCCGUGUUUGUGGUCGACGGGGACGCUCCCUCGCUCAAGAUGCAGACCCGCCUGAAGCGAUACCACGCACAGCACCAAAUGCAAGCCCCGGAUCGCGUCGUACGUGCGCAAGGGGGCGCCGUCCGGCGGAACUAUGAGUGGGAGUAUAAAGUGCAGGAAACGGUGGACCUCCUCCGGCUUAUGGGUCUCCCGGUCAUAUACGCCCGCGCCGAGGCCGAGGCGCUCUGCGCGCAGCUGAACGCCGCUGGACACGUGGACGCGUGCGUCUCUCCGGACAGCGACGCGUUUCUGUACGGCGCAAGAACGCUGAUUAAAGAACUAGCGGCGGACCUAAAAAAGCCGAUCGUUGACCGCUACGAAGCGGUGGAGAUCGCAGAGAGACUGGGGCUGAGACGGGCGCAUCUGGUGGCUUUGGCGAUGCUCUUGGGGUGCGACUUUGAUGAGAAAGGGGUCGAGGGAUGCGGGCCGAAGCAGGGGAUCAAGCUCGUGAGCGGGUUCAAGGAGGACGAGAUUCUUGAUAGGCUGCGCGCUUGGGGUCGAGGAGAGGCGCCAACCGACGCCGAGAUGUUCGGCGAGGACGAACCCGUCGGCCAAUCCCAAAGCGCCACGUCAUCCAGGCCUAUCCAUUGUGGCACGUGCGGGCACCCGGGGAAGGUCGUGGAGCACCGGAAGGGGGGGUGUGACGGCUGCGGAACUGAGGGGGGGGAGUGUACAAAAAAGGGACGGGGUUUUCAGUGCCAGUGUGAAUGGUGCGUGCAGGCCCGUGUGGGCAAGGCGCGGCAGAAGCAGGAGUCCUGGUGGGGCAAGAUCUGCGACAAGAUCGCGCGCCAGUCCGACUUCCCAAACGAGGACAUCAUCGAAAUCUUCAUGCGGGACGAUCCACGUAGCCUGAGCCACCUGAAAGGGGGGCAGCGUCCCCUGGACCAGCUGCUGGUGUGGGACCCCCCCGACCUGGACGGAUUGGCCAAAUUUAUGACGGCCAAGUGCGAGGAGUCGGAGGAGCAUUGGCAGCUCAAGGCGCUGCCGCUGGCGACCGCUCACUAUCUAUCGCAGAUUAUGGCGGCUCGCCUCCAUCGGGAAAUGGUUUCCGACCUCGGGUGCCUGCACCGAGUGGGAGCAUUGGUCGCACCUCCAGGCUUACAACAGCUUUCACCAGACGACCUGCUUCUUGACUCCAGCUUCAAACCCAGCAAGGUGGAGCGGAUCAAGGUGGAUGCCUCGGAGGCCCUGUAUCGGAUACAGUGGCGGCGCGUCGCAGGCGAUUCGGCAGGGAGGAGUGAUGUAGGAACAAACCAGGCGGGGGGAGGCCUUGUUUCUGACGAAGCCGACGGGGAGGAGGAGGCAGAAGAGCGCGACGAGGACGGGGAACAAGGCCCGGAAGCGGACGACGAGGGGCCGAAGAAGGUGGUCCUAAAGUGGAGGAAGGCCAGCGGGUUCUCGACCGACGAACGGAAGUUGAUGGUGCAACUGGCGUUUCCGACCGUGGCGGGACCGUUUGAAGAGGCGUUGGCUGAGAAGGUGCGAGCCAAGGCGCAGAAGGAAGCGGAAAAGGAGGCGCGCAAGAAGGAGCGCGAAGAGAAGGCGGCUCUGAAGCAGACCAACAUCAAGUCGUUCUUCGUCACCAAGAAAGGGGGAGCGAGGUUUACUCUGCCAACGGGGGGUGCGUUUCCCGCUGCGGACAAGGGGGGGCCGGAAGGGGGUGCAAAUGGGGGGGCGCAAAAGCUGGCUGCAGACCAGGGGGGAAGCGAGACGACAGCCGAAGUCACAGGGGAUCCCUUCCGUUCCUCUGGUGAUUCGAUUCGCACUGGUCUUUGGCCUGGAAGCAGCGACGGAGAGCCGUUCCGGACGUCCGGAAAACGGAGCGAUAUGUCUCUUCGCGGAGGGGACGGAUCGUUUGCAGAGGACGACGCUGGGCCGUCCGAUCGGAUCGAUCAACGGACGCAGUUUGACCGGUUCAAAGAUGCGGGAAGGGGCUCCGAGGAAUUGGAUCAGCUGCGAACAGAAAGGGGGCCAUUCGCGCAGAAGAAAAGACAGGGGCUUUCGCAACUAGUGGAAGAGGAUGCGGACGCUGCUCCGGACGCUCCAAAACUAGACGCGGACGCUUCUUGGGUUGCUCCACAACUAGGUGCGGACGCUUCUUCGGACGGUCUCCCGGGCACGUUCGGGCGGCGCGCCUCACUCCUCGAACAACUGCCGGAGAGCCCGUUCAUGAAGCACCCCGAGCGGCGCGCGGGCUUCGAGAAGCUGGCGGAACUGCAGCGGCGGCUCGCGACGCUCGACCCGGGGCACGGGGGAGUGACGUCAGCAAUAGGUGGGGUCGCGUCAGCAGGGGGUGCGGGUGAUCUGGCGGCUCCGUAUGUGCACGGCGUGGACAGGAGAGAAUUGAGGAGAGAAAAGGGAAAGGAAAAGUUGGAAGAGCAAUUUGAGGGGAGGCGGUUGGUGGAGUUCUCCGAGAACGAGAGCGAAGGGGAAGGUGUUGCUGAUGAGGUGCGGAGGAGAGACACGGCGAUGAAAGGAGCUCGGAAGACAACUAGAGGUGGGACAGAGUCCUCGGUUGGUUUGUUGGGCACAUGGGCGAUGCCGGUGGAGAUCGACGACUCGCCCCCGCGACGCACUCGUAAGGCGACACGUGUCGGCGACUCGGACCGACCGACCACGCCUGUCCGGAGGAGCCCGUCGGAGGGAUCCCCCGGGCAGGGCUCGCCCGUGACUCCGUCGAAACGGCGCGCUGAGGACUGUCUGGUAGAACAUACCCCGCCGAAGAGGCUUGCGGAUCAGUUCGACAGAGUGAAGGGUGGUGAGGAGGCGGUUGAAAAGUCGUCAGCGAAAAGGCUGGUAUUUUCGAGCGGGUUGAGUGGGGAUUUCUCGGCCCGGGGGGUUGUUGCAGGUGCGAAGCAGAGUCAGGGGGAUGAGGUGAAGGGGUUCGCGGGAGGUGGUGGGAAUGAGAAGCGGCGGGAAAGAAGUGAUAAGCAGGAUAUGCGGGGUAAGAACCGGACAAAGGGGUCCGAUAUAGAGGAUUCGUACCAGGCAAAGCUGGCUGGGUUCGUUCGAAGAAGUGAAGGGACGUCGCAGCGGGACGAAGGGCGAGCCUCGGGUGACGCGACUGCAGCAACGCUGCCGGUUCAAUCAGAAGGGAUAGACACUGAUGCGGGAAUUCAUUCUCGGAACGGGGGUGGGGCAAACGAGAAAGUAGACGUGAAGCGGCCAUUGAACCGACCGGCUGAGUCGAAGGGGAAACUGUCCGUCGAGGUAAUAGACUUAGCAUCGUACGACGAGGAAGAAGAGGUUGGCCAAAAGACUGGGGACUCGGGCCGGGGGAAUGGGAGUAUAAGUGACGUUGGCCCGGGGCGGUUGGACAGGAGCGUUGAAAACCGCAAGCAGGAAGGUAGACAGAGCGGAAUUCCGGCACGGAAAGAGCGGCGGGAAGUGCUGGAGAUACGGAAACGGAGGCCUCGUUGAGCCGCAGUUCUUGGGAACCCUGGUCGUACUCGACCGCGGGCGAGAGAAUGAUAAGCUCUCCUUCGGAACAAUGUGCGCGAGAACUCUUUUGAAGAUUCCCUACACGAGAAGGCUAUCUUUGCUUGUGAAAGUCGGUUGUGAGCCGGCAGACCUGAGAAUGAGCAUACCAACUGGCUCCACCUUGCAUUGAUUGAGCUGAAGGAAGACCGCGGCAAAUUGGCGCAUACCGUCAAUGCUGACAGAGAUCCAUGCA